CCUGCGCACUGGGCCGGGCGCUGGUGUGACCGGGCGCACGUAGCGAGGGCUGCGACCGCCCCUUCCCCGGCGCGCCGGCGCGGCCCGGGGGUUAUAAAAGGGCCGGACGGGCUCCCUCUGCCGCCCAGGGGCACCGCUAGCAGCCGGCGGAGGGGAGGUAACGGGGAGGCUAGCGGCCCGAGCGCAGGCGACAGGACCCGACAGGACCCGCCGCACCCGAGCUGUCGCCGCCCUCCACGGCCCCGCUGUCUAGGAGCCCAAGAGAGGAAGUGCCUGCAUCUGCUACAUUCUAGAAGCUUUCCCUAGAUCACUCUCUGUAAAGCAGCCAAGAAAGCUGGAUCUCACUACUGUGUGCUUCUGGAAGGAUCUGGAAACUUGUAGCAAACUUGAGGGAGGAGAUAUAGGAGUUCUUCCAGAAUGCCAUUUUAUUGCGGUGAUCUAUUUUUACUGAGAUUCUACAUAAGGGUGAAGGUGUGUGACCCUGUGAAGUCUUCCAAGAUGAUCUGGUGUGUUUUAAUGAUAGGGAUUCUACUUCCUCAGUCUUCAGCCCAUCCAGGCUUUUUUACUUCAAUUGGUCAGAUGACUGAUUUGAUCCAUACUGAGAAAGACCUGGUGACAUCACUAAAAGAUUAUAUCAAAGCAGAAGAGGACAAGUUAGAGCAAAUCAAAAAAUGGGCGGAGAAGUUAGACCGACUAACCAACACAGCAACAAAAGAUCCAGAAGGGUUUGUUGGGCAUCCUGUAAAUGCAUUCAAGUUAAUGAAACGUCUGAACACUGAGUGGAGUGAGUUGGAGAAUCUGGUCCUCAAGGAUAUGUCAGAUGGCUUUAUCUCUAACCUGACCAUUCAGAGGCAGUACUUCCCUAAUGAUGAAGAUCAGGUUGGGGCCGCUAAAGCUCUGUUUCGUCUGCAAGACACCUAUAAUCUGGACACAGACACCAUCUCAAAGGGCAAUCUUCCAGGAGUGCAACACAAGUCUUUCCUAACAGCUGAGGACUGCUUUGAGUUGGGCAAAGUGGCCUAUACAGAAGCAGAUUACUACCACACAGAGUUGUGGAUGGAACAAGCGCUAAUGCAGUUGGAGGAAGGCGAGGUUUCUGCUGUGGAUAAAGUCUCUGUUCUAGAUUAUCUGAGCUAUGCCGUGUACCAGCAGGGAGACCUGGAUAAGGCACUUUUACUCACGAAGAAGCUUCUUGAACUAGAUCCUGAACAUCAGAGAGCUAAUGGUAACUUAAGAUAUUUUGAGUACAUUAUGACUAAAGAAAAAGAUACCAAUAAGUCUGCUUCAGAUGACCAAUCUGAUCAGAAAACUACACCAAGGAAAAAAGGGAUUGCUGUGGAUUACCUGCCAGAGAGACAGAAGUACGAAAUGCUGUGCCGUGGGGAGGGUAUCAAAAUGACUCCUCGGAGACAAAAAAAGCUGUUCUGCCGCUACCACGAUGGAAACCGGAACCCUAAGUUUAUUCUGGCUCCAGCCAAACAAGAGGAUGAGUGGGACAAGCCUCGAAUUAUUCGUUUCCAUGAUAUUAUUUCUGAUGCAGAAAUUGAAAUUGUCAAAGACUUAGCAAAACCAAGGCUGAGCCGAGCUACAGUACAUGACCCUGAGACGGGGAAAUUGACCACAGCACAGUACAGAGUAUCUAAGAGUGCUUGGCUGGCUGGCUAUGAAGACCCUGUGGUGUCUAGAAUUAACAUGAGAAUACAAGAUCUCACAGGACUAGAUGUUUCCACAGCAGAGGAAUUGCAGGUAGCAAAUUAUGGAGUUGGAGGACAGUAUGAACCCCAUUUUGACUUUGCACGGAAAGAUGAGCCGGAUGCUUUCAGAGAGCUUGGGACAGGAAAUAGAAUUGCUACGUGGCUGUUCUAUAUGAGUGAUGUGUCUGCUGGAGGAGCUACUGUUUUUCCUGAAGUAGGAGCCAGUGUUUGGCCCAAAAAAGGCACCGCUGUCUUCUGGUAUAAUCUGUUUGCCAGUGGAGAAGGAGAUUACAGCACACGCCAUGCAGCCUGUCCUGUGCUAGUUGGAAACAAAUGGGUAUCCAACAAAUGGCUGCAUGAACGUGGACAAGAAUUUCGAAGGCCGUGCACCCUGUCAGAAUUGGAAUGACAGACAGGCUACCCUCGCUCCUGAUGUCCUCUAACAUGCCUGGCACAAUUGCUGAUUAGAACUUUCUGAAGUUUACAGCUGACUAACACUCCAUGAUUCAUUCGGUCAUGAACUUCAUCCCAUGUUUUGUCAGUGGACAAUCACUUAUUUUAUGGGGGUUUUUGUUUUUUAAUUAACACUCAAUCACCACAUUAUGUAAAAUUUUACAGUUCAGUUAUCACAGGGUACAGGACAUUUAAAAUGAGGAAUCCUAAUUGUUGUUUAAGAGCAUUUUGGUUAGAUUAAAAAAAAACAACAACAACAAAAAACCAAACCAUCCAAUUGUAGAUUUUCCACAUCUCAGUAGAUGGUGGGCCAAGAGAGGCUGUGCAUGGGGUUCAGAUGCUUACACCCCCGCUCUUCCUUUGCUGGGUUGCUGAGCACUGGUAAUCAACUAGGAGCCUAGUCUGGGUCCUAAGGGGCUCGCCUCCAUCUAUUAUUCCACGUUCAUAUUUCUUACUAUUUAAAGAAACCAUAGUUUUUACCAAAUCCCCCUCCUCACCAGUGGUGAAUUCAGCUGGUUAGAGAAAAUUACUUUGUUGAAAAAGUCCUGCAGAGCAGACCUGGCCUCACAAUUAAAAUGCUCAGACUUGGGCUUUUUCUUCAAUGACUGACGGUGUCCAGAGACUUGCUGUUCCAUGUGCCGACACCCUGCCCUGUAUCCCACUACAGCAGCUGGUGAUGUUGGCACUCUGAUUCAGUCCUGUGCCUUAGAAGACUGGGGGUUAACAUAGACAGGUCCUUGUCAUGACGAGUGAGGGAGUGGAGUUUUAAAAAGAAUCUGUUUUAUAAAAAGCCAAAAUGUGUUUUCCUUUUAAAUUCUGAAACGUGUUAUAACAGUGACCUAUUUAUGAUCUUAAAUCUUUUUUAAAAAAAUGUUUCUGUGUGGUAUUUUUCAUGUUUAAAUUCAAGUAUAAAAUAACAGUGCUCACAGGUUAAUAUACAUUACUCCUUUACUACAUAGAGCUUAGGUUUAAUAUUUGUGGUUAGACAUUUAGUCAAUCAAAACAUGGUUCCUUGGGGUAGAGCAUGCCUGACUCCCUCUAGACUCUGUGAAACACUAACAAAAAGUGUACUUAUUCAGAGACAGUCAUGCUUUGAUUGUAAGUUGUUAAAAUAACGAAACUUACACUUUCUUUUAUUCAAAAGCCUGGGUGUGGUCUUGAUAUGUAUGAGGGAAUUCUUCAUUCACACAGGGCUCUGGUUCUUUCUUUUUAAUUCUCUGGGAAAGUAGGUAUUAAAGUGAACUGUUCCAAUCAAAGAUUUUAGCCAAAAAAAAAAAACAAAAAAAACAAAAAAACAAAACACAGUUUGGGCAUGGUGGCCCACAUCUUUACUCCCAGCACUUUGGAGGCAGAGGCAGAAGGAUCUCUGAGUUCAAAGACAGCCUAGUCUACACAGUAAGUUUUAGGUCAGCCAGAGCUACGUAGAGAGAUCUUGUCUCAAAACCAGACCAGCAAAUCAACUUCUCUUAGGCUGGUGGUGUAACUCAGGCAUAGAGCAACAUGGGUGAGCCCUGGGUUCCAUUCCACUGCUAAAACUCCACACCAGUUAACAUGGAGGCAACAAAUUCUACAAGGAAAAUGGGGUCUCAAGGCCAGAAAAUUUUUGUUUUGUCACAAUGUGUUAGCAACUAGAUUAUAAAUUAGGAAGGUAAUGUAUACAUUUAAAAGCAGAUUAUGUAUCUUCUAUAAGAACUUAAUCUAUGUAUCAGCCUGCCUCUGCCUCCUGAGUUCUGAACAUCUGGCAGUUGGAGAAAGGUACUUUGUCAUGGGUGCAGUUUGCAGUCUCAGGGAACUGUCCAGUGGCUGGUCCCCAGUCAGAAAGCCACAGGGUUUGUGAGGGAAAGGGGGACAGUUGUUGAAACCAGGCAUGGCCUGUAAACACAUGAGGAGACACUUGACCUCACUGAUCUUUUAAGGAAGUCAGCAAUGUUAACUCAGGCAAAUAAAGUGUGUUGUCUAGGA